CAUGUGCAAGGUGACCCGUACCCAAUAUGUGGUGUAGUGAGAAACCCAAAAGACAAAGCCUGUGCAAUGACAGAGUUAGUGACUGGUGCUCGGAACAGUGUGGUAUUCUGGGAGGAGAAGACGCUGACUCGGAAGAGAGCUGCUGAGCCCUUCCCAGACUCUGACUAUCAUAUUUCCUCCCUCUCAUGGAGCUCCAACAACUCUAAGCUGGCAGUGGUGCCCAAGUGUGGGGACAGAGUGGCUGUGUGUGACUUUAGAGAUGACAUCAUUACCUGGAGCUACCUUGUACACAAGGAGGAUGGUGCGUUCACUUGUGGCUGUCUCCUAGGCAACAGCCGCUACCUCGCCAGUGGAUGUGGCAACUCCUCUGUCUUUGUAUGGGACCUCAAACACAAGAAUAUCAUCAAAACAUUUCCAGGUCAUAGUGGAGCUGUCAACAGUGUGGUGGCUACAAGCAAUGAUCAACUGGUGGUGUCCGGGGGACAGGAUGGACACAUAUUCCUCCACUCCCUCUCCGGUGUUGGUAAGAGUGUCCAGCUGACCCCAGACCAACCCUCUCCUCAGGCAGUGUCUAGAUUGAGUGUGUCCCUGAUGGAGCAGUCUCACCUCGGCUGUGUGUGUGAGGGAGGGGAGGUCUCUCUGUGGAGCAUAGAGUCACAGAGGAAGCUCACAACAUUCACAACGAAACACUCAGAUGUUGCUACGGACCUGAGCUUCACUCCCAGCAACAAGAUCCUCAUGGUCAGUGUUGGACUGGACUCGUGCAUUCGUUGCUACGACCUGCAGACCAGAAAGAUGGUGGCGACGAUAGCUGCUCCUACCCCUCUGUCCUCUGUCAGUAUUCUGAGGGAUGGCUCCACCUUACUAGCAGGAGGAACUGAUGGCAAGCUCUACCUGUAUGAGCUGCGCUCUCUCAAGACUCCCAAGUCAGUCACUGAGGCUCACCAGACGGCAGUCACCCGCAUAGCACCACAGACUCCACUCAAGAUGCUUGCUAAGAGGAGCUCCUCGAGAGAUAGAGGAUCACACUCUAAAGAUGCCAGCAUGAGCAACAAGAGCCCACCCAGGGGUCAGAGGUCAUCUCAAGAGCCACGACAAGAUGUGUCCUUUCUCCCUGAGACAAUGACACCGUUUGUCACCCAGCAGCGAGGAGUGGGAGGGGCUCCACUGGAGGUGGCCACACCCUAUAGUCUCAUGAAGGGGGGUGGUAAGAGAGGACCCCCCACAGCCUCUGCCAUGGUUACACCAGCCAACAGUGAUGGUGGGAAUAUGUCGAGUAUCUUCAGUCCACUUGACUCUAAGAGUAUGACCACGCCCCUCUCAUCAGCUGGCAAGAUCACAGCAUCAGUACCCCCCACACAGAGACCCCCCACCAUCAGUCAGCCCCCCGCAACCAACAACACCCUGACCACCUCUACACCAGCUAGUGUCGUACAGGCCCCUUUCCCCAGGUUGCCAAUAGCAACGCCUCUAUUGCAAUCAAACAAAAGUGCUCAUUCAACGACUAGUGGUAAUUCAGGGGCUGGAAUAUUCUCCCCCCUAAACAGUGGUCGUCAUGGUGAUUUAUUAAUCGGACAGUCCCCAUUACUGAUUGAUACAAGCAGUCCCUUGUUGUCAGGUCACAUGACCCCUCAGGAACCACCUCCUGAGCCACGUUUAAAACACUCUGUGUUAGUAUCACAAGCAUUGGAGCCAGUUACCAGGGCAACAGUGACUGAUGUCAGUCGUGCUGACCUAGAGACACCAUUACUGGUACCAUCUGAGACUGUUACCAUGGAGGAGAGAGGGGAUUCCCCUCUUGCCCCACCCCCCUCUAUGGCCAGUGGGGUACAGACCCAAUACCUGGAGAGGGUUGUCAAGGACUCCACUGAGGAGCUGUGGUACUCUGUGCACAGGGACACUAGAGGACUGACCGUGGACAUGAUCAGACAGUUCCUCACUCUCCAGGAGGGGCUGGCCCACCAGUUUGCAGUGCUCAAUGACAAAGUGGACAGAUUGAGUGAUGAGAACAAAAGACUACAUGAACUUGUACAUCAAUACAUGCCCAAACAUUAACUGAACCUUGUGCAUGUCAUUAUCCACACAGAGAGCAGUAAUUCCUUAUCCAUUGUAUGCAGUUAAUGAUAUGAUGUCACCAUAAUUACUAAUUUUAUAUUCUUGCAUAUAUUCCCAGGGAAUUAUAAUUAUGCUUGAGGAUACAAA